UACCCUUAUUUUACAAAAAACGCAGCGACUCUUAAUUUGUCUCCGUCUUGUCAACACAGAGGCGUCAAUAUCAACACACUUUAGUAAAAUGAAGUUGCGGGUGAGAGUAAACAAGCAGACCAGCCAUGUGGAGCUGGAGGGAGCCGAGCCGACACUCACCCAGCUUAGCACCCGAGUUAAAGAGGAUGUUCUCCCUUCAGCUGGCAUCAGUGCAGACACAGAGUUCAGUCUGUCCCUGAAUGGAAAGGAUCCUCUAGUGGACACUGGCCAGACGUUGUCCCUGUGUGGUGUUGUCUCCGGGGACAUAAUCAGUGUGAUUCUUCCUCAGUCUUCUUUAUUAUUACUUACAUCUCUUCAAACGAACGGGAAUUCUCACCACCAGAACACACAGAAGAUUUCUACUGAAACAGCCAUGUGGAGUGAAGAGGCAGGCACCAGCAGCAGCCACAGCGAACAACAGAUUGCAUGUGAUCCUGAGGCAGAAGAGAAGAUGGAGAGAAGUGAGGAUGAGGAGGCAGUAGGGGUCUUCAUCCCCGAGCCCAUGCUCUGCUGUGAGGCCGAGGAGGGGACGGUUCCUCACUCUCUGGAGACACUGUAUCAGAAUGCACAGUCCCAGAGCAACUUCGACUGCCUGCUGCUGGCAGCACACGUGUUACUGCUGGAGACCGGAUAUGUGCCACAGGGUUGUGAUGUCAGAGCUGGAGAGAUGCCAACUAGCUGGCGUGCACAAGGGGGCAUCUACAGGCUAGAGUAUGCUCACCCACUUUGUGAAGACAGUCUGGCACAGAUGGUUGCUGUGCCAAUGGGCCAAACACUCGUCAUUAAUGCCACUUUGAAGAUAAGUAGUGCGGUACAGAGCGCACAGAAGCUGGUGCUGAAACCGGAUGUAUAUGUGACCAAGGAGUGGCCAGGUGGAAAGGCAGGAGAGACAUACAAAGACUUGCAGAAACUGUCUCGUGUGUUCAAGGACCAGUUGGCAUACCCACUGAUUGCAGCAGCUAGAGAAGCUCUAGGGCUUCCUGCGCUGUUUGGUCUAGCUGCUCUACCCCCAGAGCUGUUGCUGAGGAUCCUCCGGCUGCUGGAUGUACAUUCGCUUCUUGCUUUGUCCACAGUCUGCAGACACCUGAAUACUGCUGCUCAUGAUCCAUCUCUCUGGAGACAUCUCUUGCAUCGUGACUUCAGAGUUUGUAUUCGAGCUGACAGUGAGCAAAGAGUUACAGACUGGAAAGAGAUGUACAGAAAGAGAUACAAGCAAAAGAAAGACCUGAGCAGAUUCAGGGUGAGGUCUUACCCCUACCCAAUACCUCCGAUAUACCCUCUUACACCAGUGCCCAUACCCCCUGUGCCUCUCUUCCCUCCCGGCAUCAUCGGAGGAGUGCACGAUCAGAGACUUGCAAUUCCACAAAGCAUUUUGCCCCGUCCACGCUACGACCCUAUUAGCGCCUUGCCAGGUCAUGAACCAGGUACGGGUUUUCCCAUCGGUCGGCGUUCCCUGAGGCCAGGUGGAAGCCGAGCAUCAGACAUCAGAAGAGGUUUCAUCUAAACCUUACUUUUCAAUAGUAAAGACUUACCAAUCAAUCUAAAACCUAAUAAUGGAAACAUAAUUUCAUUAGCAGUUCUCACACUUUACAGUCUACUACUAUUUUGUUUAGAUUACCAGACCAGACCUGGCAUGUGGUGUAUCAUUCCACUCUUCACUGCAAAAACCACAUACAUUUGCAAAGUCAUUUACAGUAUUCUGGUUUGAACAUAUUCCUCUAACAUCUCUAACACCUGUGGAAUACAUUUUCUAACAAUCUGUUUUCUUCCUUUGGUUAGGAUGCUUAUUCUAAUUUUGAUGGUGUUCAUAAAUAAAAGAGUUCAAAAAAUG